UUAACGUAGAAAAGGAUAAAAUAGUGCAAAAGUUGUCUUUCUCCGCGUUUUCUCCUCAGUCUUCCUUAUUGUCUUUCUUGAUCAAAACCCAUUUUUCUCUCACUUAAUUUUCAGUAAUCUCCACCUAGUUAGUGGCAAACAAAACUAGCUUCACGUGGAGAGACUUCCGGGUCAUUCACUUUUUUUUUUUUUGGCUUCAUUUUUCCUUUUCUUCCGAGGAUUUAUGUUAAUCCAUGAUGUGUUGUUGCUAAGAAUAGCAAGAAAAUAUUGUGUCUUGUAAGAGAGAGAGAGAAAAUAUCCUAUGGGCAACUGCCUAGAUUCUUCAGCUAAAGUAGAUACAGCUCAAAGCUCUCAUGCUACUUCUGGAUCAGGAGUCCCAAAAUUUUCAAUCAGAACCGACCGUUCAUCAGCUCCUUCCAGUCGGGCCAUUCAAUCUUUCAGUGACAAGAGCAAUGCUUCAAGUGAAAUAUUAUCAUCUCCAAAUCUGAAAGCCUUAACUUUCAAUGAGCUAAAGAACAGCACCAGAAAUUUCUGUCCGGACAGUUUUCUUGGUGAGGGAGGAUUUGGUUAUGUUUUCAAAGGAUGGAUUGAUGAAUACAAUUUUUCAGCUACAAAGCCAGGAUCAGGAAUGGCUGUUGCUGUCAAAAAGCUUAAAUCUGAGCGUUUCCAAGGCCACAAGAAGUGGUUGACUGAAGUUAAUUACUUUGGCCAACUUCAUCAUCCAAAUCUGGUUAAGCUAAUUGGGUACUGUCUCGAGGGAGAGAACCGGCUUUUGGUCUACCAGUUCAUGCCUAAAGGGAGUUUAGAGAAUCAUCUAUUUAAAAGAGAGCCACAACCACUUUCCUGGGAAAUAAGGAUCAAAGUGGCCACCGGUGCAGCUAGAGGGCUCUGUUUUCUUCAUGAGGCCAAAUCACCAGUCAUAUAUCGUGACUUCAAGGCUUCUAACAUCUUAUUAGAUGCGGAAUUCAAUGCUAAGCUUGCUGAUUAUGGGCUGGCAAAGGCGGGUCCUACUGGGGAUAGGACUCACGUAUCUACUCAAGUCUCGGGCACUCAUGGCUAUGCUGCACCUGAAUAUGUUACUAAAGGUCGGCUGACAGCAAAAAGUGAUGUCUACAGUUUUGGGGUUGUGUUGCUAGAACUAUUAUCUGGACGACGUGUAGUUGAUAGGACAAAAGUUGAUACUCAGCAGAUUUUGGUAGACUGGGCAAUACCAUAUUUGCGUGACAAAAGAUGUUUGUUUCGGAUUAUGGACACAAAGUUGGAGGGCCAAUAUCCCCAAAAAGGAGCCUAUACGGUCGCCACCCUUGCCUUGAAGUGCCUAAGCGCUGAAGCUAAAUUCAGACCUAAAAUGGCAGAGGUAUUAACAACCCUAGAACAGCUUGUAAACCCCAAAAAGACUCGCUUUGUUAUUUGAACUUGAAAUAUAGAAUUCAAUAUUUAAAAGAAUUUAAAAAUUAUACAUUGAAAUUU